CAUCUGUACGUGGUUGACUCUGAAGAGUGCCCAGUGUGUCGUGGGAGAUGCUCCUCUUGUCAGCUCCUCAGGGUGGCCUUUGGGACUGAUUCUGGUGUGAACAUUGCCACCAGGACAUCCUCCAUCCAUUCAGCAAGAUUUCCCCCAGGACCUGAUCAGCCACCGGCAACUUCCUGGACACCAGGCAAAAGCCGUGUACACAACGGAGACCUGUGGAGACACAUCCCUGGGCAUCUCCUGGAUCAGUUCUUUCUGUAACUGGGUGGGGCAAGGCUGGGCAGAGGGCACACCCUUACUAGGUUUGCCCCCACACACACACUGGGACUACCCUGCCUGUCAGGUGCCCCUCUGUUCCAGGUUGGCCUGGCAGUGAUGUCUGGGCAUGACCCCUGUGGACAGAGCAGGCCCCAGGGGAAUCAGGGAAAGUGAGCCGGUUCCCUGGCCUGUGCGGCUGGUCUUGUGACCCCCUGGGGCAGGCUGCACUGGGUGGCUGUGUUUUACCAGAUUGAAAUUGGGCCACCCCAGAUAGUCCAGAGGCACCCACCUGCCGUCUGAACUUGCUCCCACGGAACCCUGGCCCAGCAUCUGGAGAGGGAGGGGAACCCAGGUUUCCCUCCCACCGCCCAAGGCAUCAGGCUCAGGCCCUGCCCCCUACCCCCGGCCUCCGCCCCUGCCGACCUACGCUCCAGCUCCCAGUGCCCAGGUAGCUCCGGAGCCCAAACCUGUCGGGCCGGUUUGAGAGCUGCAGGGACAGAGGGAGGAAGGCUGCCGAAGGAUGCACAGCCUGCCCCGGGGUUGCCUGCACACUCCGCCGCUUGAGACGGACCUGCCUACCCCGCUGCCCGCCUGCCCGACCCCACGAUGCGCGCGCCAGGCCUCCUGGCGCUGCUGCUGGGGCUGGGCCUGGGGCUGGCGCUGAGUGUGCCGCCCCCGGUGGCCACCGACUGCUCAUCGCUCGGCCCCUCGCAGCGCCUGGCAUUCUCCCCAGCGGCCAGGACCCGUUGGCUGGCCCCCCGAGUCAGGGCGCCGGGGCCCCUGGACCCCCUUUACGGCAUGGUGCGCCGCUUCCUGUCCGUGGUGCAGCUCAACCCCUUCCCUUCGGAGUUGGUAAAGGCCCUGCUCAAUGAGCCGUCCUCCUUGAAGGUGGAUGAGGUGGUGCGGUACGAGGCGGGCUACGUGGUGUGCGCAGUGACCGCGGGCCUCUACCUCGUGGCAGUGCCCACGACCGGCCUCUGCUUCUGCUGUUGCCGCUGUCGCCGGCGCUGUGGCGGCCGUGUGAAAACUGAGCACAAGGCCAUGGCCUGUGAGCGUGGCACACUCAUGGCCUUCCUGCUGCUGACCACCAUCAUAUUGCUGGCUGGUGUGGUCUGUGCUUUUGUCACCAACCAACGCACACAUGAGCAGAUGGGGCCCAGCGUUGAAGCUGUUCCUGAGACACUGCGCAGCCUCCGGGGCCUGGUCUCCGAUGUUCCCGGGGAGCUCGAGGCCGUGGCUAAGCAGUUCUCUGUGCCCCAGGAGCAAGUCUUGAAGGAGCUGGACGGGAUUGGUGAGAGCAUCGGCCCCACCAUUCACAGCCAGCUCAGGAGCACCAUGUACUCGGUGCUGGCCUCAGUACACAGCCUGGGCCAGGCCCUGCAGGUCUCCAUGGACCAGCUCCAGGCCCUGAACAGCACCUUGGUGGAACUGCAGGAGGGACAGCAGCAGCUGGGGCUGGCUCUUGAGAAGCACCGAGACCGCCUGCUCACCCUGCUGCAGCAGCCUGGGUGCGGGAAGGACUGCACAGACACCCAGGACCGGGCCCGAGCCCUGGAGCUGGCCGCUGACUUCACCCAGGUGCCCCCUGUGGACAAUGUCUUGCAUCGCCUGAAGGGUGUCCCCGAGGCCAACUUCUCCAACAUGGUCCAGGAGGAGAACGCUACCUUCAACAGCCUCCCGAUCCUGGUGGCCAUGCAGAUGGAGCUGGUGAUCAAAGAUCUGAAGGAGGCCGUGGCCCAGAAGCCAGAAGGCAUGGGGACACUGGCUGAAGCGUUCCCCGAAUUGGAAGCAGCUCCCCGCUGGAGCCGGGCCCUGGAGGAGCUGGAAGAAAACAGCCGUCCCUACCUGCAGGAGGCGCAGAGAUACGAGACCUACAGGUGGACGGUGGGCUGCGUGCUGUGCUCCGUGGUCCUGCUCGUGGUGGCCUGUAACCUGCUGGGCCUCAGCCUGGGCAUCUGGGGACUGUCUGCCAGAGAGGACCCCAGCCAAUCGGAAGCCAAGGGCGAGGCUGGAGCCCGCUUCCUCAUGGUGGGGGUGGGCUUCAGCUUCGUCUUCGCGGCGCCCCUCAUCCUCCUGGUCUUCCUCACCUUCCUGGUGGGCGGCAACGUGCAGACCCUGGUGUGCCGGAGCUGGGAGAGCGGGGAGCUCUACCAGUUUGCAGACACCCCGGGGAACCUGCCCCCGUCCCUGAACCUGUCCCACCUUCUCGGCAUGCGGAAGAAUGUCAGCGUCCUCCUGACCUAUCAGCAGUGCCGGGAAGGGGCUGCCCUCUGGAAGGUCCUGCAGCUGGAUGACUCCUACAACCUGGAGAAGCACCUGGAUAUCAGCCAGGUAGGAGAACAUUCCAGAAGGCUCCCACCCCCAGCGCUGUUCCUGGUGCUGAGCCCCCUGCAGCCCACGCUGGGCAGCUCCGCCUGGGCUCCACCAGAGGGCGCCUCCUUUUGUGGUUGUCUUGGGAAAUGUCUGAAAUGUGGCCAGGGGCCUCAGCACUCACCCCUCGUGGCCUCUCCCGUCUGCCCUCAGAUCCAGAGGCCUGUGGUGAAGACUGACCUGGAGCAGCUGGCCCAGGAGCUGCAGGGGUUGGCCCAGGCCCAGGGCAAUUCUUCGUUGGGGCAGCAGCUGAGAAUGGAGGCCCGUGGGCUUAGAGAUCUCUAUCAGGAGAAGGUUGUCCCCCGGCAGAACCUGGUGGCAGAGCUCAACCUCAGCGUCAGGGCCCUGGAAUCCGCUGCCCCGCGUCUUCAGCUGCAGACCGCGGACGUCCUGAGCCAUGUCGCUGACCUCGAGAGGGAGCUGCCUGCCAGGGCCGCCCGCAUCCUGAUGAACGAGAGUGCCUGCUUCCUGAGCCGGGAGUUGAGCUACUUCUCGCAGUACUUGGCCUGGGUGAGAGAGGAGGUGACUCAGCGUAUCGCCACCUGCCAGCCCCUCUCCGCAGCCCUGGACAAUGGCCGUGUGAUCCUGUGUGACAUGGUGGCCGACCCCUGGAAUGCCUUCUGGUUCUGCCUGGCCUGGUGCACCUUCUUCCUCAUCCCGAGUAUCGUCUUUGCUGUGAAGACCUCCAAAUACUUCCGUCCCAUCCGGAAACGCCUCAGCUCUACCAGCUCUGAGGAGACUCAGCUCUUCCACAUCCCCCGGGUCACCUCCCUGAAGCUGUAGGACGCAGCAGCGCCUGCAGGUUCCUCCAGGUGUCUCGCCCUUGUCCUCCUUGCUGCAAUACACCAGCACCAAGAAGCACCUGUUCUUCACCUAUUGGAACCCCUUCCCCAGCCCCUUGGGUGGGACAGAAGCCCUGCCCAGCCCUGCCCUGUCCCCACCUGGGCCCCCCUCUGUUCCUCUCCAAGCUCCUGCCUCUUGCCCUCACCUCCCAUCAGCCCAGAUUCCCUCCUGCUCCCUCCCCAGCCCUCUCCUUCCUCCUCCAGGGAAGUCCUUCCCUCCCUUUGUCCCCUCUUUAUCUGGUCCCCACUCUUAUCUUGCUGGCCCCAGGGACUCCUCUACUUAACCAAACUAAUCAGGCCACCACGGCCCAGGUCUGGGCUUGGGCUCCCCUGGUGGCCCCUGAGCCCUCCACUGCCCUGGGCCCCAGCCUGGGCUUAAGGGACCUCCGUGGGGUGAGUGGCCUCUACGGCCCGAGCCUCUGCCGGCACCGGGGUAGGAGUCCUUGUGUUGGCCCUACCCCUCCCUGCGUCCCCUCCCUGCGUCCCCUCCCGAGGCAGCGUCUUCCCCAGCAGCUUUCCCAGGAGGGCCCUGGUGGCCGGGAGUUGGCACUGCCCCUUCUCCCCUGUGUACAUGGCCGAGGCCGUCCCAGCCCGUCCCCAGCAUCGCCGCCAUGCUGAACCGAGUUCCACAAGGGAGAGAAGAGAUGGCAGCUUUCCGUUCCCUGGCAGCCUCAGCCUGGGGUCCCAGAAGCCAGGUCUCACGCUGGGUCCCUGAACACAGCUGGGGUUCAAUGAGGGUUGUGGAGACAAGAGUGCCGAGGCCUCUUCUGACUUCAGGCAUCCAGGGGUGAUUCCAGCCACCAGCAGGGGAGCAGCACCCAUCUGGGGGCCUGCCCAGGAGCAGCCAUACCUGGCCCCCAGCCUGGCUCUGGUGCUGGCUGGCUGGGCACCAGGAACAUGCACUGCAGGUCCCUCACCUCGGUGUCUCCCUUCAUAGCACAGAGGCACCCCAGCCCCGUGGAGGGUCGUGACAAUUAAACGUGAUCUGUGGAAUGCC